AAAAAAAAAAAAAAAAAGAAAAAAGCACAAGAGUGGCUUUUGCACUUCUCCUUUCAUUUAUCAGCUGAAAUCCCCCCCUCCUCCCCUUAAAUCCCUGCCUCGCUCUCUGUCAUCUCUGGAAGCUACAGUUUCGGAAUAUGGAACCUGUCCGCGGUUGUGCCAUGUGACAGCGCGUUUCAUCAUUCCUUUCACAAAAAGUCGCGGUCUGCAUCGUCUUCGCGCCCCAACUUUGGUGAUUUUUCAACUGAAAGGAAAGGACCAGUAAAGGAGGAGGGGGAAAAAUCCCCAGGAGGGAUGGAACUUUUCCUCAUCGGCUCGAUCCUCUGAGGCUGCCGCCGCUGGUGGUUUUUGGCGAUUGGUGCAGGAAGGGGGGGAAACUGCGUCGCCAGGUCUGCAAGGCUGUGUGGAUCUUGGGUCAUUAUAGGCCAACCUGUUAUUCUAGAUAUCCUUUUAUUUUCUUUUUUUUCCUUUUGUGUUUGAUCGAAUGCUUCCAGAUCCAGUGAGGGAUCUGCCACAUCCAGCCGGAUUGAACGCGUCGGCGUUCUGAUGCGGUCUGUUUUCGCUGCAGCUCAGCGCCUCUCUACUCGCUCAGAAUAUGAUUUAAUGUUGAGGGGGGGCAUUUCAACAGGAUAUACUCAUCUCUGCCUAACCCGGGGAAUCCUGUACUGGACUGGGAAGGUCAAGAAAGCAUAUUCGGACUGAGAUCAUCGGGAGAUUUCCGGAUUGCAGAUGGACUAAAAGGAGAAGAAGAAUAAGCGCCUUUUCGGGGGGAUUUGAACUCACCGUUCUCUCCUGCACUUUCUCCGUUCUUCUGUUUUUAUUUCGCCGGGAGACAGCCUGUCUGUGGACAUAAUGAAAGUUCUUUUGGCUAUGCUGCUUGUUGCUGUUUUCUGGAGCCAGGAGUGGAAGCCUGCGCUCUCGGAUUCGAUCAUCCAUAUCGGUGCCAUCUUUGAUGAGUCGGCACGGAAAGAUGACGAGGUGUUUCGUCUGGCUGUGGCCGAUCUCAACUUGAACAAUGAGAUACUGGAGACGGAGAAGAUCACCAUCUCUGUGGAAUUUGUGGAUGGGAACAACCCUUUCCAGGCUGUGCAGGAAGCCUGUGAACUGAUGAAUCGAGGUAUCCUGGCUCUGGUCAGCUCGAUCGGGUGCAUGUCGGCAGGCAGCCUUCAAACUCUGGCCGACGCCAUGCACAUUCCCCACCUCUUCAUCCAGCGCUCCACGGCGGGAACACCCCGUUCUUCCUGUCCACCAACCAGCCGCAUGCCCGGAGCAGACGACUACACCCUCAUGGUCCGUCCACCCGUGUAUCUCAAUGAGGUCAUCAUGCAGGUGGUGUCUGAAUACAGCUGGCAGAAGUUCGUCCUCUUCUACGAUUCUGAUUUUGAUAUUCGUGGUAUUGAGGAUUUCCUAGACCGGACCUCUCAGCAUGGAAUAGAAGUGUCUCUCCAGAAGGUUGAAUCAAACAUCAACAUGAUGAUCACAAGUCUGUUCAGAACGAUGCGCGUGGAAGAGCUCCAUCGGUACAGAGAUACACUUCGCCGAGCUGUGCUGUUCAUGAGCCCAGCAACUGCAAAAGCUUUUAUCACAGAGGUUGUGGAGACAAACCUAGUUGCCUUUGAUUGCCACUGGAUCCUUAUUAAUGAGGAGAUUUCCGACUACGACCUCCAGGAGUUGGUCAUGAAGUCCAUCGGUCGGCUGACUCUGGUGCGGCAGAUGUUCCCCAUGCCUCAGAACACAACUCAACGCUGUGUCAAACACAACCACAGGAUUAACACUUCCCUCUGUGACCCGAAGAACCCCAAGGCUCAACAGCUAGAGAUCACAAACCGCUACAUCUACGACACGGUGCUGCUGCUGGCAAACAGCUUCCACAGAAAGUUGGAGGACAGGAAGUGGCACAGCAUGGCCAGCCUGAGCUGCAUCCGGAAGAACUCCAAGCCGUGGCAGGGAGGCAAGAGCAUGCUGGAUACCGUCAAGAAGUUUGGAGUGAGUGGCCUCACUAGUUUCCUGGAGUUCACGGAUAACGGAACAAAUCCCAACAUUUUCUUUGAAAUCCUGGGAACAAACUAUGGAGAGGACAGAGGACGUGGAGUCAGCAGGUUGGCGACAUGGGACCCAGUUCAUGGACUGAACGGCACACUGAGUGACAGGAAGCUGGAAAAUAACAUGAGAGGCGUUGUGCUACGAGUUGUCACUGUUUUGGAGGAGCCAUUUGUGAUGGUGUCAGAAAACGUCCUGGGGAAGCCAAUGAAGUACCAAGGCUUCUCCAUUGACAUCCUUGACGCUUUGUCCAACUAUCUCGGCUUCAAGUAUGAUAUCUAUUUGGCCCCAGAGCAAAAAUAUGGCAGCUUGCAGUCGGAUGGUCAGUGGAAUGGACUAAUGGGGGAACUGGUUUUUAAGCGAGCUGAUGUGGGACUUUCCGCUUUGACCAUCACGCCUGAGCGAGAGAGCGUUGUAGAUUUCACCACACGCUACAUGGAUUAUUCUGUGGGAGUUCUGCUGCGCAAGGCUGAACGCACUGUGGACAUGUUUGCCUGCCUGGCGCCCUUCGAUCUGUCGCUGUGGGCAUGCAUUGCGGGCACCGUGCUCCUCGUUGGCAUCCUAGUGUACCUGCUCAACUGGCUCAACCCACCACGGCUGCCCAUGGGAUCUGUGUCCUCCACAACACUCUAUAAUUCCAUGUGGUUUGUUUACGGCUCCUUUGUGCAGCAAGGUGGAGAGGUUCCUUACACCACCCUAGCAACGAGGAUGAUGAUGGGCAUUUGGUGGAUGUUUGCCCUCAUCGUUAUCUCUUCGUACACCGCCAACCUGGCAGCAUUCCUCACGAUUACACGAAUAGAGAACUCUAUACAGUCUCUGCAGGACUUAUCUAAGCAGACGGAGCUGCCAUACGGAACCGUGUUGGAUUCAGCUAUAUACGACCAGGUGCGCUACAAGGCCAUGAACCCCUUUGAGAGAGAUGCCAUGUACUCUCAGAUGUGGCGGAUGAUUAAUCGCACCGGAGCAGGAGAUAAUAGCGUUGAGGACUCAAAGGAAGGCAUUCGCAAG